AUGACGGAGGAGUACAUCAAAAGUGUUUCCGUCCACAUGGACAAUUUGAACGCGCAUCCUCAUUGCUCUCACGGACCCACGCUGUUGUUUUCUCGAGGAUCCGACAGUAAAAAGUUUUACUCUUGCUCUGCACAUAGAGAUAAAAAAAAAUGUUCUUUUUUUGUUUGGGAAAAUCAAAUUGAAUCAAUUGGACAACAAUUCAUGGGACAGUUUGAAAGGGAACUCAUUGUUACAAAAAUGAUGAGAUAUAAAUUACAAUCCAGGUACGAUCACGUAAAAAAUUUAAACCCAGAAGAAAGAUGUUUCUGUCAGAAAUGUGGUGAAUUAUUUUCUAAGACUGAACAGGAUUUGCAUUCAGACCAUUGUGAAAUGCUAGUUGAAGAUAUAAAUGACUUAAAAUUAUCUCACCCUUCACAGUUGUUUAGACCACUUCAAGAAUCUAAAAGUGAAUCUCAAUAUUUUUUUACCGAAAACACAAUUGAAAUGUUGAUAAAAAUGUUUCGCUCUGUUGGUACAACUAAUGUUAUUUGUAUCGGUGCUCCUACUAUACAUGAAAAGAUAUUAUGCGACGUACCCGAAUUGAAAAGUUUUUUACUUGACAUUGAUCAUAGAUAUCUGCAAUUUUAUGAAAGUGACCAUUUCAGAUGGUUUAACAUGUAUAACUGUCAUAUACUUGAGGAAUGUGACAAUGAGUUCGCAUUGGAAGAUAUUUUGACCAAAGGAGAUAAUACAGCCGUAUUUAUUGACCCACCAUUUGGUGGUAGACUUGAACCAUUAGCAUAUACACUAGACAAAUUUGAUCAAAUUAGGAAGAAAAACAACAAAAGCAUAUUAUCGAAGUUUCUGGUAUUGCCUUAUUUUAUGGAACGAUUUGUGGUCAAGUGCUUACCUGGUAUGUCAAUGCUAGAUUAUAAGAUUGACUACAUAAAUCAUAAGAAGUUUAAUAGUUCUGGGAGGAAUAAAGGAUCUCCAAUUCGAAUAUUUACAAAUGUAGAUCAAUGCAAGAUAUCUUUACCGGAAGAGGAAAAUUAUAGAUUUUGUGAUGAAUGUAAUCGAUGGGUUUGCUCAGAAAAUGUACAUUGCUACAAGUGCAAUAGUUGUACAUCAAAGAAUGGUCGUGCAUACAUACAUUGUAAUUUGUGUAAGAGAUGUGUUAAAAGAACAUGGAAACAUUGCAAAGAAUGUAACAAAUGCUGUUUAAUAGAACACAGUUGUAUGAGAUUUCAAACUAAGGGAAGAAUGAAGGACAGACCACGUAAAAAACAUACAUUGUCAAAGGCAUGA